GAUAAUUGGACGUGCUCCACGUAAACUCUUGAACCAGGUUUUUCUUCAUCAAGUUGUCAGAACUUUUUCCUUGUGAAACGGAGCUAUUCCCAGGUUUGUUCAGAGCUGGAAAGGAAUAUAACAAAGCUAUCUCAUCAGCAGGAAUCCUCCAAGAGUGCCGCCCAACGAGUUGAUGCCGAGGAGGAGCAGUGGAGUUAGGGGGCAGCAGGUAAGAGCCGGAUUUUCUGGCCAGGAUGAGGCUGCUCAAGGAACUGAUGCGUGUGGCCACCCAACAUCGUGCCUUCUACUGCUAUGUGUUGCUCAGCGUCUGGAUAUUCCUACUUAUAGCGGGAAUGUAUCGCUACAUGGGCAAUGUUGAGUCGGUUUCAGGAGGUGGCUCAGUUUUUGGACCCAGUUCUUCCGGCACCAUCAGCUCCUUGGGCGGCGAAACCUUGGCAUCCUCCACUGCUCAAAGAUUUGCCAAGUACAGAGAACGCUGUGCUCCACUGCCUCAGCUCCAGCGUUUGGAUGAUGGCGGCAUCUUGGAGGGUUGGAAGCUUCAGGGAGUGCUGCUGGUCAUUAGGCACGGGGAUCGAGGACCCAUAUCCCAUGUCCGAAGUGCUGGCAUCAAUUGCGGCGUGGGUGGUGGUGGCACAGAUAACCUAGUCAACAGAUAUCGCAGCUUUUUGUACAACUCGAGCAGCUCCGCUUCGGGUUCGAAUCAUAUGUACUGGAACAAGGUUGGACCUUUUCAUGGGUUUCCCCUGCUGCCGGCCACAGAACGUGGAUGUCCCCUAGGGCAACUAACUUACAAGGGCAUUUCGCAGCUGCUUCACGUAGGCGACAUUAUGCACCAGGUUUAUGCCCAUCCUCUGGGUCUGCUGCUCAAACCCAAUCCCAAUCGUGCUUCAGUGGAAACCACCCCUCACACGCUUCUGAAUUCGGAUGAAGUGGUGGUCUUCACCACUCGCUAUCGUCGCACUUUUCAGUCGGCUUUAGCCAUGCUGUUCUCCCUGCUUCCGGCGGAUAAAUGGUUGGCUCUGAAUGUCCGGGAAUCUCACAGCAUGGCUUUCUGUUUUGGGGAAUGCAGUUGCCCACAGUCGGCCCUGCUCAGGAAACGUUUGGAGGCCAUGGGCGAUAAGCAGCUACUGAAACGUGCCGAUGUACUGGAAGUGAUGCAGUGGAUAGGAGGCACCAUUCUGCAACACACUCCCAAUGGUAUUAGUAAUCCCUUCGAAGUGGUGGAUGCCCUGCUGACCGUUCUGUGCCAUGAUGCUGCUCUGCCAUGUCGCAGGAAAAAGCAGAAUUCCACACCAAAACCACUUAAGAAGAACUCCAAUCAAGAGCUGGUGGAUGUGAUUAACAUAGAUCAGGAUGAAACGGCUGCCAAUCUGUUACAGGAAGGACAAACCCAGCUGGAGCCCGACUCCCCCGAGGUGGAAAAUGGAAAUCCUGCCCUGCAGGCAGAUGAAUCACAAGAGGGCUGCGUAGAACCCACCCAUGUGGACACCCUGAUGUCCUUUGCCGAUGAGCUUUCUCAACGCUCCGCUGGCCAUUCGUACUACAAGCUAUCCGGACUGCUACGAUCCUAUGGAAUGAUCCGUCACAUAGUCAGCUAUAUGCUGAAGAUGAUCUCCGGCGAUAGGACAAAGUUUGUGCUAUAUUCUGGACAUGAUUGCACUAUGCAAUAUCUAACGGCUGCCCUGGGAAUCAUUACCAGCCAGGGUCAAACUAUAGCCUAUGCAUCGAGACUAGCUUUCGAAGUUUAUCGGAGUGAAGCGCACACGGAUUACUAUUUUCGUGUGGUUUAUAACGGCAAGGACGUCACCCAGCAAAUAGAUUUUUGCGAGGGCGGAAAGAGCCUACGGGUCACGAGGGAUUCCAGGGGAAAUAAAGCCGAUCUGUGUCCCAUAGAGAACAUCAUUCGCUUUCUGCACGAGGACUACUUUAGUCCACUGAAUGCCACCAAUUUUAAGGAAGCUUGUGGGGCUAUAAAUCCGCCAAAAGCUGGGGAGUUUUAGUUGCCCCAGGAGGGGGAAAAGUAGGAGAUCCCGUUUCAAACUGUGAUAAGUAGUUAAGAUGCCACCCGAAAAUGGAGGAGUACGAGUCCAGCAAUAUCCUAAACUAGGAAACGACCGCUUUUCAGCGAUGUUAUCUUUUUAAACUUAGUUGAAAUUUAGUUGACGCAUUCAACUUGUUGAUCCACAAAUCGAAAACGAUACAUAUCAAUGGAGCACUUGUUAGCCUUUAAGAACUUAUAAGCUAAAACUCUCACUUUUAGAAGAAAAAAUGAAAAAUAGCAUCAUAAACAUAUCAGCUUUUUAAAGUAAACUAUAAAAUUUAAGGAGAAACCUUCAACGAUUUUAAAACAUUAUAAAAAAAAUACAUAUCAAAUUUGAGAAGAAAACGAGUUCUUCUUACAUAAAGUAAAAAACUUUACAGAAUAAGAAAAUAUAUAAUUUAAACGUGGAAAGAUGAGGAAAAACAUGUCCACAAAAUGGUAGGCUCUAAUUUUGAAACGUAUAUACAAUUAAAUGAUGGAAUUGGAAAUAUCAUAACAAAAAGAAACGCAAACAUAUCAACAGAAAAUGAAAGAAACUUUUUAAAUAAGAAUGUAAAA